ACCGUGGUCCCUGUAAAUACAUGUUUGUUCUUCCGCGUUGUGUCAGUCUGUUAGGCUGUGUAUUACUGAUAUGACUGGGGACAAUCGCCGACACUUGUCAUAUACCAACACGUUCACACUUAACUACAGAUUUUCUCCGAUGGAUUCCUGGUGUGGCAAGCUGUUGACGUCCAUACUGCUUCUGCCAUUCAUAGCUGGUAAUUACCGUAGACGGCAGAAUGGAUCCGGGUAUUAUGACUGUAUUAUCUCGUCCCGAGUUCUGUUCCUGGUCGUACUUUCAAUAGUGAUAGUGUUUACCGCAAGCAAAAAAAUACCAUCACAUUCUGAAAUUCGUCUUGGAUUUGUUCUGAUUCUUCUGUCCUUACUUAUGAUCUUCGCAGUGAUUGGCUUCUGUGUUCAAGGAUACUUGGUGCAUAAACAUGGUCUCCAAUACAUUGUCGCUGCAAGACGGAACGCAAGUACCCCGAAACUGCAGGUGGUAUUCCUGUGGCUGUUUGGCUUAGCGUCGGCAUUCUAUUGUGCUUUCUUCGUCAGCAAGCAAAUUGAGUGUUCAAAAAACACAGCUGGUGGAUAUCUUUGGAACAUUUUAUUUUAUUUCAAUAUCAUAUUGCUCCUAUGCCUAUUUUCACAAAUGUUUGUCAUUACGUACUUUUCGCCAUAUGAACUGAAACAGACUCAUUUAGUUAAUUAUUCAAUGUCUUUGCUGUUAGUUGCGAAUGUAUGCAUGUUUGUGUAUGUGACACUAGUUGGUGAAACAAUUUUGUUUGUCAUUGAUAGGAACCCAGACUCCGAUAUAGCCAACUGCUUGGAAAACAACAGCACUAUUUCUGUUUUACUAGAAAAAUCAAAUCCUAUUCUCAAACCAAAUUUUACAGAAUUUUGUCUUUUGUCUUGUACAAUUCUUCUGGAAAUAUGGUCGCCUAUGAAAGAAGUGCAGCUUCUUGACGAGGAAACGUCGUACUUGGAAAUAGGUGGCAUAGAGCACACAGAGCGGUUACCUCUUCUAUCAAAUUUCACAGCGAGUGAACAUCGCCGUUCUGGAAAUGAAGGGAAGCGAACGGCAUGUCAGUUGAUAACACUAGUGUUUAGCAUAACAGCUGGACUUGGUCUUAUUGUUUGUUAUGUUGUCAUGGCAAUGGAUAUAGGAAACAUAGACUAUAUGCGAAACGUCGCUGAAAUAUAUGAACUAGCACUAAAAGUUAUAAUAGUGCUUGCAGUCUUUAUUGGCUUCUUCUGUUUGGUUAGUUACUGCACUCCUGACACUUCACCAGAAGAUUUAAAACCUUCGGAAUACGUGUAUUUGCUGUCCGCAUUCGGUUUGUUCAUGAUGCACAUCUGUGAAGGGAUAGGUGGUGACAUGUCGUUCAAUAAUGCGUUCAUGGCCACCAGUAUCUUAAGCAUAGUCCAAAACUAUCUUCAAGUUGUGUUUCUGUUGCACGCUAACCGAUGUAAGAAAUCCGACCCUCGAUUAAAGAUCCAUUUGCUUGAAUCGAUUCUGAUAUUUAUCAUGAUAUGCAACUUUAUCUUCUGGUUCAACAAUAGUUUUCUUUUAUCUGAAUUUUCGAUUACACGGAUGCUGGAACAUGACAAUUUUCCUACAGAAUUAUCGAGCGUUGUGUACAACGUUUUGCUACCAGUGUCCGUCUUCUUUAGAUUUACGUCGUUUUUGGAAUAUUACGCAACCUUUGAGAAAUAUAACAAAUAAACACACAAGUUUAUGAAAAAAUGAAACAAAUACGUAAAUGCAAAGAUGUGAUUGGAUAGAAAAAAUAGAUCUAGGUUCCGGUUAUAGUUCUAAUAUGAUGAUGUUAUUUGAUCAGUGUAUUAGUGGUACAUCCUAUUGAUAUAUCACGUGUGGGACAGGAAUGUAGGUUUAUCCGUGAGAUGAUGACGAUUCCUGAUGCUUGGCCUCAAACUGUUCGGAUAACUUAACUUUGUGCCAUGAUUUUAAUUGGACACGAUUUAUCCAGUCUUCGACAGUGUAUUUUUGGCAGACAUCAAAUAUUUUAUAAUGUAUUAAUAUAUUAUUAUUAUUAUUAUGCAGGAAUCAAAUAAAUUGUAUUGCCAUAUCUUACUCAAUAACUUUUCCCCCAACGGUGUGGAAUGCUGUGCUGGUUGUGGUAUUUUAGCGAGGUAGCACUCUAAAGUCGUCAUCAGAUCCGCAAAACAAAAGUAGGUAAAUACACUAACUUACUUUGUCUCCGGCACAUAUACACAACACGCCUCCUUAAAUUACCUUAGUUUUGAUAGGACCCUAUACAACCAACCAACCAACCUAAACGGUAUGAAGAAACUGUGUAUUACAUUUAUAGUGUGAAUGAAUAGUGAAUGCAUAUUCUUUCAUUGGUAGACAUGAAGUGAAAUGCGCAACUUUUUGUUAUUAUAUUAUAUUACUGAGAAAGUUUUCGGUAUUUUCACAAGAUAAUAAUUGUAUAAUUACAGUGAAGUUUGUUAUUGUCACAUUUAAUACGGUAUACUGAGGUGACUGUAUCAUAUUUAUUUGCAUAAUAAACUUUUUCUAUA